AUGCCUUCACAAGCAUCACUCAGCGCGCUGGCUGCCCGCGCCGGGCGCCAACGAGGCCUGGCUGGAUUCCGAAAUGCCCCCUCAAUGUUGCGGAUCCAGCCCAGAGUGAUACAAGUCCGUAACCUCACCAAAAAGUCGAGAUCAGAGCCCCCUCGAUCCCCGGCCCAGCCAUCCCUCGCACAAGACCUGCAUCGACGCCAGCCCGUGGCCACCUUCGCAUCCAAGACCCAUACCAGAUUGCUGUCCGGGAGGCCUCUUCCACAACGGGAAUCAUGGGCACUCAACUUCGCUUACCGGAGCAUGGCCUGGGUGGGCAGUGGAAUAGUCUUCGUUGGCCUGGUCUUCGGUGCUUUCUUUGUCUACGACGCUUCGACCUACAACGAGCACGCGGUCGCCGCAGAAUGUGAUGUCUCGCACCUCGCAUUGAACCCUCGAAGAGGCGGCCCGAAGAACCUACCAAUCGCAGAUGUCCUCAUAGACGACGAGGACACCGAAGAUCACAAGAAGAGGAAGGAUAAGCCAAAGUUGGUCAUCCUCGGCGGCGGCUGGGGCGGUGUUGCCUUACUGAAGGAUCUGAACCCGGAGGACUAUCACGUUACCGUCAUUUCACCCGCCAAUUAUUUCCUCUUCACACCGAUGCUGCCGUCCGCGACGGUCGGGACCCUUGAGCUAAAGUCACUGGUCGAGCCGAUAAGGAGGAUACUCUCAAGGGUGAAAGGCCACUUCAUCCGCGCCAAGGCCGAAGAUGUCGACUUCUCAGGCCGACUUGUCGAAGUCUCCCAGACUGACUCGCAAGGCAAGGAGGUCAGGUUCUAUGUUCCCUAUGAUAAGUUGGUGGUUGCCGUAGGCUCGCAGACCAAUCCCCACGGCGUAAAGGGGCUUGAAAACUGCUUCUUCCUCAAGGACAUAAGGGACGCGCGGAUAAUCCGAAAUCAAGUCAUACAGAACCUUGAGUUGGCCUGCUUGCCCACCACUCCGGAUGAGGAAAGGAGACGGCUGCUCUCUUUUGUUGUCAGCGGCGGUGGUCCGACGGGCGUAGAGUUCGCCGCGGAACUUUACGACCUCCUGAAUGAGGAUCUGACGAAGCAUUUUCCAAAACUACUGCGCAACGAAAUCUCGGUACACCUGAUUCAGAGCCGUGGUCACAUCCUCAACACCUACGAUGAGGCCGUGUCAAGAUACGCCGAGGAGCGCUUCGGUAGAGACGGGAUUAAUGUUCUCACUAACUCCAGAGUCUCUGAGGUGAAGAAGGACACUAUCGUGUUCACACAAAAGGGCAAGAACGGCGAGACUAUCACCAAAGAGCUUCCAAUGGGCUUCUGCCUGUGGUCCACGGGCGUCUCUCAGACAGACUUCAGCCAGACGCUGGCCAAGAAGCUCGGGGACUUCCAGACCAACCGGCACGCGCUCGAGACGGAUACGCACCUCCGCCUGAACGGCGCCCCUCUGGGCGAUGUCUACGCCAUCGGCGACUGCUCGACGGUACAGAACAACGUGGCCGACAACAUUGUGACCUUCCUGCGCGGGAUGGCGUGGAAGCAUGGCAAGGACCCGGAGAACCUGGACCUGCACUUCACCGAGUGGCGCAAUGUGGCGGCCGAGGUGAAGCGCAAGUUCCCGCAGGCCGUCGGCCACCUAAAGCGGCUGGACCGCCUGUUCGCCGAGUUCGACAAGGACCAGAGCGGCACGCUCGACUUUGGCGAGCUGAGGGAGCUGCUCAAGCAGAUCGACAGCAAGCUCACCUCGCUGCCCGCGACCGCCCAGCGGGCCAACCAGCAGGGCCAGUACCUCGCCUUCAAGUUCAACAAGAUGGCGCACGCCGCCGCGGGCCUCAUGGCCAACGACAUCCGCGACGGGGACCUGGACGACGCCGUCUACAAGGCCUUCGAGUACCACCACCUCGGCAGUCUCGCCUACAUCGGCAACUCGGCCGUCUUCGACCUGGGUGGAGGAUGGAACCUGAGUGGUGGGCUAUGGGCCGUGUAUACGUGGCGAGGCGCCUACUUUGCGCAGUCCGUGAGCUUCAGGACGAGGAUGCUGAUGAUGAUGGACUGGACGAAGCGUGGCCUUUUCGGACGAGAUCUGAUGAGCUAUUAG